UAUCAAAACAACAUCAAUUAAGCUUAAUUUUUAUAAAAAUAUUUUAAAUGUUAUAAAAAAAACCCGUAAAAUGUCUGAACUUGCCCUAAACCUCGAAAAAGCAUGUAGAAUUUGUAUGCGAGACACUGUGCGACGAACAAAGUCAAUUUUCACCCGGAAUGAGGAACUAAACUUGACUCUAGCAGAAAUGAUUGGAGUUUGUUCAUCAAAUUCAGUAAUCGAAGCUGAUGGCAUUCCUCAACAAAUCUGCUCUGGUUGCGAGCAAGAUUUACGAAUUUCUUACAAUUUCCGAGUUCGUUGCGACGAUUCUUACAAAAAUUACCAAAAAUUAUUGCAAAAAAUGACAGAAACCCCGACAGAAUUUCCUGUGGAAAUCAAAGUUGAGGAGACAGAGACCAACAAAGCAUUGACGCCUCGCAUGAAAUACAAGCGAAAACUCGAGGACAUCAAAGAAGAAAUUGUAGAUUUUAACGAAGAGGAUUUCGGGGACGAUGAAAAUUACGAAAUUGAACAUUUAGCGAGUAGUGAAGAUGAGGAAGAGCAAGAAAAUAAAAAAGUUGAACUUUCGGACGAAGCAAAAGAAGUUCUUGCUACCAUCACACAAGAUCCCAGUUCGUUUGAAGCUCUCACCGACACCGAAAACAAUCGCAAAAUUUAUCAAUGCAAAACUUGCGGGAAACGAUUUUCGCGACAAACGCAUGUCAAGCGUCACAUGUUGACGCAUUCCAACAUCAAACCCUUCAAAUGUCAACAUUGCGAAAAAUCUUUUAGUCGUUCGGAUCAUUUGCAGAAACAUGCAGUCUUGCAUUCCGCAACGAGGACCUAUACUUGCGAAAUUUGUCCAAAUCGGUCCUUUACACGUCCGGAAUCGCUCAAAAAUCACAUGAAACGUCACACGAACGAGCCUGAAGUGAAAACUGAAAAAAAGUUUCCCUGCGAAAAAUGUUCCCGAAGUUUUAGUUCGCAAAAGUAUCUCGAGGCGCAUGUCGCGUCACAUGACACACCAAAGACUUUUAACUGCAAAUUCUGUCCGGAAGUGUUUGAGCAGCGGAAAGACUUGCAUGCCCACAAUAAAAUUCACAUCAACGAACGUCCUUUCCUCUGUUCCGAAUGCGGACAGCGUUUUCUGCGCAACGAUUAUCUCGUCAUCCAUAUGCGACGGCACAAGGGCGAAAAACCGUACAAAUGCAAAUUUUGCGAAAAAUGUUUCCCGCGAGCGACAGACCUUACGGUGCACGAGCGAUAUCACACGGAUGCCAAAACGCAUCUUUGCACGACGUGCGGCAAAGGAUUUCAUCGCGCCUAUAAUUUGUUGGUUCACAUGCGAGUUCACACAGGUGAAAAGCCCUACAAGUGUCCCCAUUGCGUGAAAUCCUUCGCACAAGGCAACGACCUCAAGGCGCACGUUCGACGUCACACCGGAGAGCGAUUUAAAUGUGAAAUUUGCAACAAAGGCUUCAUCCAGGGAUAUCACUUGACGAAUCACAAACGCGAUGUGCACGGCAUCGAUGAACGCUCGCACAUCCGAAGACUGGAAAAGUUCAAAUCGCAGUCCGCGCAACAAAUUCAGGUGCUUUUUGUGGCGCAACAGGAGCAACUUUCGGAGCUGAUGAGACAAAAAGCGGCGCUUGAAGCGUCAAUACGGCUAAAUGUCGAUUCGAAAUUGCAGGAAACGGACCAACAAAUUCAAGAAAUGAAAAUUCAACUUCUGGAGAUCGAAGAGCAACGUCAACGCAUUUUAUUGAACGAAGUGACCCAAGAACAGUAUGACUUGGCAAACGCUGCCAUUGCCGACGCCGAAGAGAGCGAAAAUGUCAUAAAACUCGAGAACGACAUGAUUGAAGUGAGCGUGGAGACGCAAGUAGAAACCACAUGA